GUCGAGUUCGCAUUCAAUGCCCAGCAUGAUUGCCCGUCCACUGGCUGUGCAAUCUCAGGUACGCGCAUGGCCGUCCAGGAGUGCGAAGCAUCAGGAAAAGAAGAGGGAUACAUGGAGCACAAGCACUCACUUGCCGACAGAUUUAUUGUCAACACACACAGCUUCCAUAAUGCGCAUCUCUUGCACUCAGCCCUUCCUCGAUACUUGACAAAGCCAAUUCCCCUGUAUCCGGAUCAAUGGGCCAAACAUAAGGAGCAAGCAAAGCGGCUCCGAGAGGCUAAUGCGGGUAAG